ACUUUUCUCGCAGUGAUAAGAGGAAGUCGGCCAUCCUCAGGUGUUUGCCGAGAGAACCCUAAAUUAAAAUCUCCUAUUCCUUUCUCUCCCUCGCUUCGAUUUUGGUCGCUCCAAUAUUCAGUCAAACACCAAUCAACUGAACAAAAAGACUUUGUUGCUGUUCGCAAACAUGGUGGAGCUGUUCUUAGCUGAACUUCAGUGUAAAGAUGAUGGUAAUGAUAAAGAUGAUGAUGCAGCACGAAGUAUAUCAAUGAUGAAGAAACUGGAAUCUGUUAUAUGGUCGUUGAUAACAUCUAAUGGUCGAUCUGAGUCUAGAUUGUGGCUUUGCAAUACUAUAGCAUGUUCAGAUUCAGUUACGCCGCAAGCUCAACGGGAGCUGUUUGUGAGCUUAUUGAGGUCUAAACCUUCCGAUGUAACCCUAGCUUCUCAAGUUUUGAGAAUGAUUAUUGAGAGGAGACCUAACAAAAUUGGGCAUAUCAUAGCUAAGAAAAGUCGCUUACUCAAGAAAUUCUUUAAAGGAAACCCACAACGUAUAUUGCAAUGGUUUAGUAAUUUUGCUGGUGUUGGUGAAUCUGGGCAUAGAAAAGGUGCUAGAGCGAUAUCUCAGUUUUCUUUUGUUAACCGGGAUAUGUGUUGGGAGGAGCUCGAGUGGAAGGGGAACCAUGGGCAAUCACCAGCAGUAGUUGCAACAAAGCCUCAUUAUUUUCUUGAUUUGGAUGUGCAGCGGACAGUGGAGAAUUUCCUUGAAUAUGUACCAGAGUUUUGGUCAUCUGAAGAACUAGCAAACUCGCUAAAGGAUGGUGAGAUAUUACAAAUAAAUACAAAGUUCUUUGUAGAUUGUUUUGUUGAUAUGAUGUAUGGGGAGAACUCAAAAGAUAUAUGGGAAGUCAUUAAUGAGUUCUUUCUGGAUGAGUCAUUCUCUUAUCUUUGCCAUCAUCUUCUAAUACUUCUUGAAGAACCAAUUCUUUUCAAGUUCUUGAAGUCACUUCAAAAAUAUCUCACCAUAACAAUGGAUUCCAAGUGUUUCACUCGUCCAUCUUACUGGCUAGAGGUGUUGUUGUUUAUGCUCGAUGACUGUGCAUCUGCUAGUGACUUACUUCUAUUAAAUGCCAUUCUUAACCAAAGCCGCCAGCUUUUACGUCUUGUUCGUGACCAAGAGCACAAAGAGCAGUAUGAUACAAUUGAAGAGGUUUUGUUGGAAAUGAACAUGUCCUCAAGCAGCUCCAAUGUUCCUUUCGUGAUAAAAGGUAUAACGAAAAGGAAGGCGGAAGUGGUGAAAUUGCUAGGCCUUUAUUCUUGGAUUCUUCAGUAUCAAAUGUUGCAGAAUUGUGAAACUCCCGAGUCGUGGGAAGCCUUGUUUCUCAAGAACGGUAUAAGUUUCCGGAGAGUUGAAAAGUAUGAUUUGCUACCAGAUAGGUUCUCAGAAGGAAGUGGGUCUGAUUCUGAUGGUUGGAAUUCAAGCAAAUCCAAGAGGAAGAAGAAACAAAAAACAAAAAAGAAAAGAAGAAGAGAUUCUGGUCGCAGGGAUGCCGAUGCAGAUCUUGAUGUAUCAAGUGUUUGGCAGAGUUCUGAUAGAAGCUGGUUACUCUCAUCUGAUGGUUAUUCUUCCUUAUGGAACAAGGUGGAUUUGCCAGAACACCUGGCUAAGCAUUGCCUUUCUACAUGGAUGAAGCAGGUGUUUCAAGUGGAAUAAUUUGUCGAGUCGAUUACUGUACACAUGGAUUUCAUAUGCAUAUCCCCGAAUGACAGGGUAUGGGAUAGCUCUUUAGUGCUGCUUCAAAUAGAACCUAUGUCAAUGUUACGCGGAAGUAGUGCUCCAAAAUUCCUCAAAGAACGAGCCAUGAACAUCCUCCAACAUAACCCUAGCUUCUCAAGUUUUGCAGAUGAUUAUUGAGAGGAGACCAAACAGAAUUGGGCCUUUCUUAGCAAAGAAAGCCGCCUACGCAAGCAAAUCUUUAAAGGAUAUUCGUUGGGAGGAAACCAUGGGCGAUCACCUGCAGUAAUUGCAACAAAGCCUCAUUAUUUGCUUGACUUGGAUGUGCUGUGGACAGUGGAGAAUUCACUUGAAAAUGUACCAGAGUUUUGGUCAUCUGAAGAGCCUGUAAACUCACUAAAGAAUGGCGAAAUAUUACAAAUAGAUACAAAGUUCUUAGUGGAUUGUGUUGUUGAUAUGAUGUAUGAGGAGAACUCAAAAGAUUUAUGGUAAAUCAUUGAUGAGUUCUUUGUACAGGA